ACGACCCAUGAAGUCUCUCCCCCUCCAACUCCGCAACCUCUGCUCUCAAAAGUGAUCUCUAACCCCAAUCAUUCAAUCACACCCAAUUUGAUUAUCUCUCCAACUCAUAGUGGGGCUCCAUUCUUGAAAAGUUGACAGCUUCUCCUUCUCUUGGCCACCGCGCGAUGGAGCCCAUCACCCCGUCCACCUAACCCGCCAUUGUCGUCUCCUUGCCACUUUCCUCUGCCUCCGGCCUCCAGCUCAUCGGCAUCUUCCUCUGUCUCUGGAUUGAUCCACGGAGCUUCCAUGAUUCUUUGGUGAUGGUCCGCGAGCUCCUGGCCGUGCUGGUGCGCGCGGCGCUGCAGUGGGCGCUGGCGUCGCUGCUCCUCGCCAACGGCGCCGCCUUCUGCCUCAUCGCCGCCGCGGCCUCCUCGCUCCGCCUCGGCCCGCCCUGCCUCCUCUGCGCUCGCGUCCACCGCCUGCUCUGCCCCUCCUCCUCUGGCGACGCCGGUUGCAGCCAAGAAGAAGACGACGCCUUCCGCCGCCUGCUCUGCGACGCUCACGUCGCCGCCAUCGCGCGCUUAGGCGCACAAGAAACAGAGCAGCCGGCGUGCUCUCCUUCUGAUCACGUCCACACAGGGACGAAAUAUGACUCAGAUAAAUCUCGAGGUCUAGAGUCUCAACGCGUCGUCUCCAUCGGUAGCGAGAUCUGCGAGCAAGAUCGUGGCGCCGACGACGACCAACCCCGUGCCACCAACCUCAGCGUCCUCCGAAGAACGUCGAGCACCGACAGCGGCGAAGGCCCGUACGUAUCCCUAUUCGAGCUCGCUCCCCUCGUCGCCCUCCCGGAAGACACCCUGCCGGAUUACGAUGCCAAAGAAGCACCUCACGGCCACGGGCACGGGACGGCGAAGACGGCGCACGACGAGAGCGCGUCCCCGAGCGCCGCGGCAGGCGGCGAGCAGGCGCUGACCGUGAGCGGCCUCGUGGCCGCCCUCCGCGCCCAGCGGAGGGAG